AUGGCUGAGCAGGAACCCCGAGCAGACCACACAAAGGAAGGCUUUGAGGUGGCUCCAGCCGGACCCGGGCUGACCCCCGCAGCCCCCUGGCGCUGCGCGUGCCCCAGCCUGGGCCUCCCUGAGGAGGCCGGAGACCUAGGGGAGGGUCCCAGCCGGCCACGGGCUCGCUCAGGCUGGUGGGAACCUGUCACUGCUUUUUCCUGCCGCCCCUCCGCGCAGGCGGGCACCUUCCGCGAGGUCCCUGAAGGGGAACAGCAGCUGCGCGCCCAGCUGGAGCGGCUCACCACCAAGGACCACGGGCCUGUCUUUGGGCAGUGCCGCCAGCUGCCCCCACACACCUUGCAGAAGGCCAAGGACGAGCUGAACGAGAGGGAGGAGACGCGGGAGGAGGUGGUGCGGGAGCUGCAGGAGCUGGUGCUGGAGCAGGCGGCCUCCGGGCAGGAGCUGGCCCGCGCUGUGGCCGAGAAGGUGCGGGGGAGGGACAGCGCCUUCUUCCUGCGCUUCAUCCGCGCCAGGAAGUUCGACGUGGGCCGCGCCUACCAGCUGCUCAGAGGCUACGUGCACUUCCGGCUGCAGUACCCCGAGCUCUUCGACAGCCUGUCCCUGGAGGCCGUCCGCUGCACCAUCGAGGCUGGCUACCCCGGCGUCCUCUCCAGUCGGGACAAGUACGGCCGAGCGGUCAUGCUCUUCAACAUCGAGAACUGGGACAGUGAAGAAAUCACCUUUGACGAGAUCUUGCAGGCGUAUUGCUUCAUCCUGGAGAAGCUGCUGGAGAACGAGGAGACGCAGAUCAACGGCUUCUGCAUCGUGGAGAACUUCAAGGGCUUCACGCUGCAGCAGGCCGCGGGGCUGCGGGCCGCCGACCUCAGGAAGAUGGUGGACAUGCUCCAGGACUCCUUCCCAGCCCGGUUCAAGGCCAUCCACUUCAUCCACCAGCCCUGGUACUUCACCACCACCUACAACGUGGUGAGGCCCUUCCUGAAGAGCAAGCUGCUCCAGCGGGUCUUUGUCCACGGAGAUGACCUCUCCGGCUUCUUCCAGGAGGUUGACAAGGACAUCCUGCCCACCGACUUCGGGGGCACACUGCCCAAGUACGACGGCAAGGUGGUUGCUGAGCAGCUCUUCGGCCCCCGGGCCCACGCCGAGAACACGGCCUUCUGAGGACUCUCCUGCCCUCCGACCUGUAGUUAGCAUCCCUGGGCCUCUCCCCAGUGCCCCGACCCAGAGGCUGGGAAAAGGGCUGCCUGCGGGGACUGUGGUUUCCCUGACCCUCCCUGAGCUUGGGGGCGACAAACCAGGGGGAAUUCC